AAUUUAUUGAAAUAAGUAAGAAAACUACUAUGAAAAUGCACUCCAUGACCAUCAGUCAGAAAUUAGGAAAUUCUAUUUUCUGAAGAAGAAUCUUUACAAAACUAUUUGAAAAGUACUGUAAAGAAGGAGGAGAUAGAAACAUGACAAGUUCAGCCACAAACGACACAGCAGUGGAACACAGAAGGGACUCUGUGUCCAGAACUGAUGCAGGUAUCAGUGAAAACACCAGGUUUCUGGAAGGUGGAGAAAUGGGGAACAGUGGAGGUGUGGAGAGGAGGUCCAGUUGGAUUGAUGGAGUAGAAGAGAGAGAUCAGGAGGAGGAAGAGACCAGUGUGACAGCUGAAUCAGCCCAGGGAAAGUGUGUCAGGUGUACACAGAGAUGUGAGAAGAUGUUCAGCUGUUGCCUGACGUCCUACCAUCCCCUGCCACAUGCCCCCACCUGGUCAGACAGGUGCAUGUAUGGUGCCAGGUGUCCACCUCAUGGCACAGCUGCGCAGAUGUUCACACUGCUGGUGAUGGUGGUGUUGGGGUGGGCUGCACUCUGGGCAGUCACAAAAGAUGAGGCCUUACCAGGUGGAAACCUGUUUGCCCUGACAGUGUUACUGGUGGUGUGUGUGAUUGCAGGCGAGCUCAUACAGUACAUCAAACUUCCUCCACUCCUGGGAAUGUUGGUUGCAGGCAUCCUGCUGCGGAAUGUUCCUGGCAUCAUGGUGGGGAGCUGGAUUGAUCCGGUCUGGGCAUCGUCCAUCCGCCUUAUCGCCCUGACUGUUAUUCUUAUCCGAGCAGGUUUGGGUCUGGACCCUGUGCAGCUGCGGCGGCUAAGCUGGACCGUGCUGCUACUGGCCUUCCUGCCGUGUGUGGUGGAGGCCUGUACUCUAGCUGUGGUCACACACUUCCUACUGGGCUUCCCCUGGCUCUGGGGAUUCAUGCUGGGGUUUGUACUGGCUGCAGUGUCCCCUGCAGUAGUGGUCCCCUCCAUGUUGUGGCUGCAGGAGUUGGGGUUAGGAGUGGACCAGGGCAUCCCCACGCUAGUCAUCGCCUCGGGAAGUGUAGAUGACGUCCUAGCCAUCACAGGAUUCGCAGUUUGUCUCGGCAUAACAUUCACAACUGGUAACCUUGUGUUCACAAUCUUUCGAGGCCCCCUAGAGCUCCUGAUGGGAAUUGCAGGAGGAACACUGGCAGGCAUAUUCCUGUGGUACUUCCCAAGUAAAGAUAUGAAAGACGUGCCUAGGAUGCGAGUGUGGAUGGUGUUGGGAACAGGCCUGUUGAUGACCUUUGGAAGCAGGACGGCUGGGUAUGCAGGUUCUGGGGCCCUGGGAUGUCUGGUCAUGGCUUUUGUGGCAGGCUUCAAGUGGAAGAUUGACAAGGAGCCUGUAGAGUCCAUGAUGUCAGAUCUGUGGAGAGUGGCUCAGCCCUUCCUGUUUGGGCUGAUCGGUGCAGAGGUGGAUGUACUGAAGAUCCAGCCACAGACAAUAGGCUUGGGAGUGGCUGCCAUCGUAAUUGGUUCAUUAGUGCGAAUGGUAGCAUCAGGUGUGGCUGUGAGCUGGGCUGGAUUCAUGUGGAAGGAGAGACUGUUUGUAGCCAUCGCCUGGUUACCCAAGGCCACAGUACAGGCUGCUAUCGGGUCCACUGCACUGGACACAGCCCGAGAACUGACCCCUGGAGACGCCACAAAUGAGAAACUCGGGAUUCAGCUGCUCACCAUCGCAGUGCUGGUCAUCCUCAUCACGGCGCCCCUCGGCUCAGCCCUCAUCAGCCUGACUGCACGACGUCUGCUCAGGAAAAGUACAAAGGAUGACUCAGACAGGGACAGUGCUAUAGAGAUGAACAACAUCGGGGAAUGUGCCCAGGCAGAGGAUAUAGAACUACAGGUUCGUCAUAGUGACAGGCAGGAACAGGCUUCUGUGCAGAGACAAAGAUGUGACAAUGAGGCAGUCUAACUUUGCAGGCACAGUUGGUUUCAGUGCCAAAUGUUUUUAUGAGAGCUGCACUAUAGUACAUGAAGUAUGACCUACAUGCAUGUGCUAGAUUGCAUAGGAGUAAAAGAAUGAAUAUCUGAAUCACAUGUUAAGUUGUUCAAUACAUUUUAAUGGGAAAAUGAGUUGCUUGAUUUUGUAAUUUGAACAAGAUUGUUGAUGGUAUUUUUUCUAAUUGAGGACACUUUUAUUGUGUAUAUGUUGCAAAGUCUGCUAUUAAAAUGUUCUGUUGGUAG